CUCCCGGCCGUUCAACAGGUCGCCAUUGGUCAACCGGCGGCCGGGUGGAAAACCCAUGGUCGUGCGGGUGGGGGUCCGGCGGGCCGCCCUUACGUUUGCCGCCACCGCUUCUGCUGCUGUUGCCGCCGCUCGGUCCACCGUCGAGACUUAAAUGUCCACCGGAGUCAGGUGGCUAUCUCAGUUGAUCGUUUUCGGUCGACGGUGGUCAUCCGUAUAAAUAUAUAAUAUAACAUCAUUAUCAUCGUCGUUGUCGUCGUCGUCCCGUAUAUUGCACGCGAGUUCACACUAUUUGUUUAAUAAUAUUAUUAUUUUAUAAUUUGAACCGUAUCGUAAUUUAAAUAAAAUACGUUAACAUACAGCAGACUUAUCAGUUCGUCAGAUAUAACACACAUUAAUUUAUUAUUAUUGUUUUUCGAUCGUUUUUUAUUAUUAUUUGUGUUUUAUCGACGUUCGUAUCGACAUCGCGCUCGCCGGCACAAUAUAACAACGUCUCUCUAGGUACGCGUGUGACAUAAUAUACGUAUAUUAUUGUAUUAACCGUAAUCAGUUCGAUCGGACGUGCCUAAUAUUCUCGAAAGAAUACGUUUUUUGACCAUUAAAAUUUUUUUUUUACACUUCGAUUCGACCUCCGACGGCCUUAUGRAGUCUUACGGAGGUACCGGGUGUGUUGAUUGUUAUCGAGAACACUGCAGGCAACAAACGCCUUCGGUGCCGGCCACGGCGAACGUGCCAGACCGCCGGACGCCAUCGCUACAGAUGGACCGCUGCCAAACUGCCCCUAGGAGAUUUGAUUUCACCCGCCGUUCGUGUCGGCUAUUUUUUGCUGGUUCGUUCGUUAUCGGACUGAUCUUGGUGCCCUGUGCCAUGUCCGCACCCGCCAAAUCGUCAAAGUCUCCGUCGCCGACGCCGCCGCGCCCAGUCAUCGCUACCGGUACGCCGUUUUGGCACAACCCGUGUGGCACGCUGCUGACGUACGACGGUAGCGGUGGCGGCGCCACUGGCGCCAUGAUGAGCAGCGCCGUGGGCCACGACAUUAUGAUGAUGGAAUCGGAAUCGGAAUCGGAGUCUACAAUGCGGCGCGAAGAGGAUAUCAUCCAUGGCAUCGUCGUGGCCGCAGAUCAGGCCCUGACGCACGCCGAACAGUUCACCGGUGCUUUCGUGCAAAUUUGCCAUUUAGGUCAAUGGGAGAUGGAACUCAACUCUGGUUCGUUCGUUAUCGGACUGAUCUUGGUGCCCUGUGCCAUGUCCGCCCCCGCCAAAUCGUCAAAGUCUCCGUCGCCGACGCCGCCGCGCCCAGUCAUCGCUACCGGUACGCCGUUUUGGCACAACCCGUGUGGCACGCUGCUGACGUACGACGGUAGCGGUGGCGGCGCCACUGGCGCCAUGAUGAGCAGCGCCGUGGGCCACGACAUUAUGAUGAUGGAAUCGGAAUCGGAAUCGGAGUCUACAAUGCGGCGCGAAGAGGAUAUCAUCCAUGGCAUCGUCGUGGCCGCAGAUCAGGCCCUGACGCACGCCGAACAGUUCACCGGUGCUUUCGUGGUCGAAACGUUUCACGUCGACGUCAAGAAAAACCACGAUCACUGGAAAGGCAUCACGCUCGAUUGGCUUGAGCUGGCCAAGUACAUGCCCAAAGCGCUGGACGUGCCACUCAGCAAGUCUUAUCUGGCCAGUUUGACUUUCAGAGACGUACUGCACGCCGUGUACGUCGGCUUACAAAACUUGGCAGUGGGUCUGGAACAAGUGGCGUGGGACCAGGACCGGGAGAUGCUCCCGUACGCUAAGUACUUCAACGAGACCACAUUGAAACUUAGAACUGUAAGUAUUUGUUUUGUGUAA